AGCCCUGCACUUCACCACAGAUCGUCACAAAUGGGUGUAGAUGAGGGGAGUGAUCUGUUAAAAAGUGUGUUAACAUUACCACAAUUGCUGAUGUUGUAUAUCUCUACGAUUACUUUAGAACUAGUCUCGGAUUAUGGUACACGGGAUUACUUAAUCCGUGACGCAGCAGAAUAACAAAACAGUGCGCCAUCCGCGUCGCAGCCAGUUUGAUGACACACACUGGCAAGCAUGUUGCGUCUGUCUGUUGUGAGGCGGAGUCUCUUUCCAGCGACACUUAUCAAAGGAGGUGCGGCUGCAACAAACAAUGCUCGCACUGCAGCGACAGCCACAGCUGCAGCCAGUAACCUCCUUGAGGUUUUUGUGGAUGGGAACCCCAUCAUGGUGGAGCCAGGAACCACUGUCUUGCAGGCAUGCGAGAAGGUAGGAAUGCAGAUUCCUCGCUUCUGCUACCAUGAGCGCCUGUCAGUUGCUGGAAACUGUCGUAUGUGUCUUGUGGAGAUAGAAAAAGUUCCUAAGCCAGUGGCAGCUUGUGCUAUGCCAGUCAUGAAGGGCUGGAACAUUUUAACCAACUCUGAAAAGACAAGAAAGGCCAGAGAGGGUGUGAUGGAGUUCCUACUGGCUAACCACCCAUUAGAUUGUCCAAUUUGUGAUCAGGGGGGAGAAUGUGAUCUACAGGACCAGUCAAUGCAGUUUGGCAGUGAUAGGAGCCGCUUUACAGAGAGCAAAAGAGCAGUGGAAGACAAAAACAUUGGCCCUCUCAUCAAAACCAUUAUGACUCGCUGCAUCCAGUGCACUCGCUGCGUGCGCUUUGCCAGUGAGAUUGCAGGUGUGGAGGACCUGGGUACAACUGGCAGAGGCAAUGACCUGCAGAUCGGGACCUAUGUGGAGAAGAUGUUCAUGUCGGAGUUAUCUGGGAAUGUUAUUGAUAUAUGCCCAGUGGGAGCCCUGACAUCUAAACCAUACGCAUUCACUGCUCGUCCUUGGGAGACAAGGAAGACUGAAUCCAUUGAUGUUCUGGAUGCUGUGGGUAGUAACAUUGUGGUGACCACACGCGGGGGUGAGGUGAUGAGAAUCCUGCCUCGUCUAAAUGAGGAUGUUAAUGAGGAGUGGAUCUCAGACAAAACCAGGUUUGCUUAUGAUGGACUCAAAAGGCAGAGGCUUACUCAGCCAAUGGUAAAAAAUGAGUCUGGGCAGUUAGUUCCCGCAACCUGGGAAGAUGUGCUGACUCAAGCUGCUGGAGCAUUGCAAGGAGUUCAAGGAAAUGAAGUUGCUGCUAUUGUCGGAGGCCUGGUGGAUGCAGAGGCUCUCAUUUCCCUGAAAGAUUUGCUGAACCGUUUGAAUAGUGAAAACCUGUGUACUGAGGAGGUGUUCCCAAUAGCUGGAGCUGGAUCUGACCUGCGUUCAAACUAUCUUCUGAACACUGGGAUUGCUGGCAUUGAAGAAGCUGACUUGCUGCUUCUGGUUGGCACAAACCCACGCUAUGAGGCUCCACUGUUCAAUGCACGGAUCAGGAAAAGCUGGCUUCACAAUGAGUUGCAAGUGGCUCUUUUGGGAAAGGAAGUGGACCUCAAUUACAGCUAUGACCAUCUUGGGGAGUCUGCAAAGGUUCUGCAGGAAAUUGUGUCAGGAACUCAUCCGUUUUCCAAGGUCUUGGCUGAGGCAACGCAUCCUGUUGUUGUGGUUGGAAGCAGUUGCCUGCAGAAAGAGGAUGGAGCUGCGAUAAUGGCUGCUGUGUCAACCAUCGCUCAGAACGCACGCGUCAGCAGUGGUGCAGAGAAAACCUGGAAGGUUCUCAAUGUGCUUCACAGAGUUGCCAGUCAAGUGGCUGCACUUGAUCUUGGUUACAAGCCAGGAGUGGAGGCUAUCAGAAAGAACCCUCCCAAAGUCCUGUUCCUACUAGGAGCCGAUGCAGGCUGCAUUACUCGCCAAGACCUCCCAAGGGAUAGCUUCAUAAUUUAUCAAGGUCACCAUGGCGAUGUCGGGGCACCAAUGGCUGACAUCUUGCUUCCUGGAGCUGCAUAUACUGAGAAAUGUAGCACCUAUGUGAACACCGAGGGCCGUGCCCAGCAGACCAAAGUGGCUGUAACUGCCCCGGGGAUGGCAAGGGAGGACUGGAAGAUCAUCAGAGCCAUUUCUGAGCUUGUUGGAGUGACUCUGCCUUAUGACACCCUUGACGAAGUCCGUCAAAGACUGGCAGAGGUUUCCCCAAAUUUGGUGCGAUAUGAUGACGUUGAGGAGGCCAACUACUUUAAGCAGGCUAAUGAGCUGUCUAAGACAGUUGACAAGGCUGUCCUCACCGGACCUUUAGUCCCUCCACAGCUUACUGUGAAGGACUUCUAUAUGACAGAUCCGAUAAGCAGAGCCUCCCAGACGAUGGCAAAGUGUGUGAAAGCUGUCACAGAGGGAGCACAAGCUGUGGAAGAGCCAGCAAUAUGUUAAAGCACAAUGGAUAGACAUCCAGUACUUUAAAACAAAAUAUAUACGCACAAAGCUGCAAUUUGCACAUUUCUAGAAACCCAUUCAUUUGCACUGUUUUAUAAUAGAUGUAUUAUCAUCUUUACAUAUAAUGGACCUAACAUACUUUACUAACCUGCAGAAAUGUGUAUGUGCUCCUUGCGGAGUGAAAAGCUUAGGGUUUACCACAUUUCCAAAGAUGCACCUUAAUUGUUUUCUUUUAGGAAGUUGACAUUUUUAAUAAGUGUGAAUUAUCGACGGUUUAAAAAUGAUUAUGCUUCAAAUGUAAGUCAAGUAUGUUGUUUUGUAAAAUUACAAGUUUCACAUGUAGAGAUUAUAUUUUCCUUAAAUAUGAUGUGUAUAGUUACAGAGGUAUUUGGAUAAUAUUUAACAAACCAGUUUUAUGUAGCAUGCCUGAAUUUUUGCAAACCCUUUAUUUUACUUUGUGCUGUUAUUUAUAUAAAUAAAAACACUUUAAAAGUGUGAAAAUAUAAA